CGCAGCUGAAAAUCAGCUUGUGGGGCGGCAUAACUAGGCUCGAGCGCUGACAACCAUCGUAGGACUCCACCACACGUGCCGAAGACAGCCGUGCGAUCUGUGCGAUCUGUGCGAUGGCGGAAUACACAAUAGUGGCAAAAGAGCCAGACGGCGACGCGGACAGCCUCUCUCUGCAAGGCGCAUUCCUCACUAACACGUCAAAUGAGAGCGAAGACGGCACCGGCGGCAGCGGCCGCCUGAACAACAACCAACUAGCGAUCGUCGCCACGCACCGCGGCGCCGACGCGUCAAUGAUAGCGAGGGCCUGUAUUGAUGAUCCAAACGUGCUGCCCUGCCUCGCGAGAAAGGGCACCACAACAACACACCCGCAGCUCACGUCCUUAAGACGUAUACUAAGGGCCAAGGCCGGGUGCCUGCGGUCGGCGGCUUUGGCGGUCCGAUGCGGCGGCCCGCGCGCCGCUCUGGACCUGAGACUGCGCUUUUUGGUAUAUCAGGUCUUCAAGGCCGUCCAGAAACUGGGACAGAUAGGCGAGCUCUCGGCCAGAACGGUCUUCGUGACGGACGACGCCUGGUGCCGCGUCCUCCCGACCAUAGCCAUGCCGCGACCGCCCACGACGGCGUCGCCGACAUCACGAUGGGUCGACGGAAGCUUGUCGACCUUCGACUAUUUACUCAUACUAAACCGGGCCGCCGGCCGAAGUACCGCGUUAACCAAUGACCACUACGUCUUCCCCUGGGUCUCGGACUUUUCCGUGAAGCAUGGUGGCUGGCGUGAUUUAUCAAAGACGAAGUUCAGAAUAGCCAAGGGCGACGAGUUAUUGGAUAGAACUUAUCAAGUAAGCAAGCAUCACGUGAGCGACCCGGGCCUCUCGGAUUUAGCACUGUGCAUCUACCUGGCUCGUAGAGCACCCUUGUCGGUCCUCAAAAGCGUUGUUCGUACCAAUUUUGUCCCGGAGCACUACCCUGCGACCGUCGAACGACUGUACGCGUGGUCGCCCGACGAAUGUAUUCCCGAGUUCUAUUGCGACGCGAGCGUCUUCGCCUCUUCCAACGAAUUGAAGGACCUCGAGGUGCCCUCGUGGUGUGCAUCUCCAGAAGAUUUCGUGAGGUACCAUCGGGAGUUGCUAGAAAGUCAAGAAGUGUCGAAACACAUACACCUCUGGAUCGACCUCACGUUCGGCAUCAAUGCGACGGGCCCGGCGUCCAUCCGCGAGCGGAACUGCCCCCUCGUCGUCAAGGGCGACGCCUACCGCGGUUCCAAAGUGUCUACGUCGUCGCCGGGCGCGGCUCGUUUAUUUUCCGUGCCGCAUCCUCGACGGGCCGUAUCACAACCGGAGAAGCUCGAGGGCGUGUCCAUCCUCGAAACGUACUUGGAUGGAACGGCGACGUCCGGGAAAGCGCAUACGUCAUUGAGACAGUUUUCGGAUAGAGACGCAAUUGAAAGUGUAGACGCCUGCCUCACGGAGUGUUCUUCUCCAACAACUACUCCGGAGAAGUGCGCCGCCCUCCUACGAAGCGUCUACGGCUUCGGCGACGAGCAGGCCGUGUUAGCGCCGGCGCCGUCUUCCGCAUUACGAAUCGCGGCCGCGCUCGCCACCAAUAGCAUGGACGUUGGUGAAGCGUUACAAGAUACGGACUUCUUCCCCGCUUCGUUUAAUGAGGCCCACGCCGUCGGUGCUGCCAUCGAAGGCGCUUGCGACAAAGGCCGUGCGACAUUAUCUUCUCUGGACGCGUUCUCGAACCUAGAAUUCGCCGGGGCGUUGCUCGUGCUGCCGCAGAUGCUCCAAGGUCUCGAAACCAACAUGAGCGCCUCAAAUCUAGCCACGGUCGUCGACGUGAUGGGAAGCAAGGUCGGCGCGUCGAUCGCUUACGACGUGCUCGCGCCGCGCGUCGCGUCAUUUAUUGAAAGAAGGAAGGCCGACGCGGCCUUCCUCAAGGACGCAUCUCAAGUCGUGGCGUCUCUACACAAGCGCGCGGGGCCGCGGUCCAUCGCACUCGUGCUGCCGUCGCUCCUCGACGCGUCGCGAAGGUCCAUGGAAGCGACGACGCUCCUCACGCGUCUCAUCGACGCCCUCGGGCCCUGUUUGACGGCUCGAUUCGUGCUCCCGGCGCUCGUCGCCGAUAUCGAAAGGCCCGAGCUCGACGCGAACGACGGCCGCGCGAAGGCCAUCGUGUCGCUCUGCGAGACGCUCACUCCCGAGGCCGCGGCGCCUUUGAUUCUAGAUCCUUUGUUGAACCCGCGCGGCCGCCUCGCGCAGCUCGAAGGUGAAAUAGGCGGCGCGUCGACGCAGUCGCGGCGCGCGCUGACAGAAGUUGUAUCUGUGUUGAAAGCACUGGUGGGCCGCGUCGCGCAGGAGACCGUUACCAGAUUUUAUGUGGACCUGCCUCCGUCGCCUCUACCGUCAUUGUUAAGCUGCCUGACGCCGUCGCCGGACGCCAUUGUUUCUUCUGACGACCCGUUCGCCGUCGCGGCGGAAGCACGGCGCUGCUUGGACGACGUCGCGGAGCUCAUUGCGUUAAUAGCGAUGGCUCUUGGUGCGCAACUAACCUGUGAAAAGUUAUUACCUGAUGUGGAUCGGUUUUUUGCCCAGCUCGUACCUCUACGAAGGGCCCCUUCUGCAGCCGCGGCAGCCCUGGCGUCGGACGUCGCCGCCGGUUUGUAUGCGCCCUUAUCCGCUUUAUGUGGCGUCGAGGAAGCUCGAUUGAGAUGCCCGUCCUACCAGCGGCUGGCCAAGGACACUGUAAUGCCCCCGACGCCGCCGCCGCCACCUAGAAGAAGGGAGUCGAAUCUGGUAGCAGACGCCUUAAACGCGGGCGCCGACUGGCUCCAGCGCCAGGGCGAACAUUUGCGGACGCCGCAGCCCCCAACAAAGCAGGGCUCACCUGUGUUAUCGCGGACGAAGGGCAUGGAGCUCUCGGCGCUACGCGACGCGCGCGAGGAGUCGUCUGAUGAAGAUGUGCCGGCGAGUCCCAUGACGUCGGGGUCGAUCACCGACGACCGGUUGUGGUUGUUACCGAGGGGCCGACCUUUAUUAGAUGAGAGGCCGUGGGAGGGUGUGGACGAGCCUUACAAGUUUGGUUUUCGGUUAGCAGCAACGCCGUUGAUGGAUACGGCUGCGACGUCAUCAUCAGUACUGUGUGUGGAUCCUCUGGAAUCGACCGUACUAUGCGGCGGCCGCGACGGCAUCGUGAGGGUGUGGUCGCUGCGGCAGCACCCGCCCAAAUUGGAGGGGGGGCACAAGUCCGGCGGCUCAAUACGCUCCCUGUGUUGUCUGGACGGGGACGGUUCUUCUCUAAAAGCCGUGUCUUCCGAUGGCCUCCAAGUGGAUUACUGGGACGUCGGGCGCGCCGCGACGAUUGAGAGAAGGGCCUUUGAGAAGCGGUCGAUUGUCGACCUUUGUCCGGUCGCUCUCGGAUAUGGGCCGGGCGGCGCCUUUGAGGCCGGAAGAUGCGCGAGGCAGCUAGUGGUGCUGGGCGAGGGCCAGAGCAUGAAUCGAAUUUUCGCGGCUCACCCGACUCACUGAUUGAUUUGCGCACAGGCGAGCGCGUGCUCUCGGUCGUCGACGCGCGGGGUCCACCUACAUUAACCGCGGCGGAGUGGCCUUUAUCUUUCUCUGGAGACCGCGAGGUCGUGGAAUCGAGUUCGCCGCUCGGCGAGCGCGUCGUCUCGCCCGUGAACGCGCGCGCGACGAGCUGCUGUUGUUCUCCAGACGGCGCCUGGGUCGCCACUGCGAGCGACCAAGGGCACAUUGUCGUGACUGAUAGAAGGGCGGGUAGAUACAGGACGUCGUUCCGAGCCCACGGCGCGGGCGUCGUGUGCGUCAAAGCGGCGUCUCGCCACGAGAUCUUCACGGUGGCGUCCGACGGCUCCGCGGCCCUCUGGCGCCUCACUGGUUCAAUACCUAAGCCGGUCUGCGUCCUGCGCGGGCUCCCAAACUACGGAAGCGGCUUGCGAUCCUCAAACGUAUCCAUUAAUGCAUGCAUGAAGCCCAAGCCAGCGCUGCAAGUUCUGGUCGCGCGCGGCCACAAGGCGGUGUCCCUGGCGCUGCCCCUGGGCAAGUCGACGCCUUUGAAUCCGAUCGACUGCUCGCGGCGCCUCUUCGUCGACGUCCACGGCCAGAGGAUCCCUCGCGGGCACCUGAACGUGGAGGCGUGCGCGUCGCUGCCGGCGCGGCGCGUCGUGCUGCUCGGGUGCGAGGACGGGCGCGUGCGCGUGGCGGCUUGA